UGUGUGUUACGUUCCUGGGAAGGUUCUACCAGAGUCUAAAGGACAACGAUGUUGAGUUCACACCUGCCAGUAUUGAAAAGGAGCUCUUGAAAUCCUGCAAAGAAGCAAAAGGCAAAGAGAACCGCCUGUGCUAUUAUGUUGGGGCCACAAGUGAUGCAGCCACCAAAAUCAUAAACGAGGUAUCAAAGCCCAUGAGUCAUCACAUCCCCGUGGAAAAGAUCUGUGAGAAACUAAAGAAGAAAGACAGUCAGAUCUGUGAACUAAAAUACG